CGGCUGCUGCUGCGGGAGGUGGCCACGAUGCUGCGGAUGACCGAGGGCAUGCACAACACGGUCAUGCGGCUGCAGCAGUUCAUGGAGUGCCCCGAGGUGCAGGCGUCGGUGCCCGCGCGGCAGGCGGGCGUGCACAUGGCGGCGCUGGGCAUGGAUGCGGGGAUGUACAGCGUUCCCCAUAUGGCAGGCCACGCGCGAGGCGCGGUCACGUGCAUCGUGCAGCUGCUGCGCUCGCUCGCGGCCAAGCGGUGA